ACGGAUCCCAGGUGUGGUACGGGGAAACAGGUAGGCUGUUGUUGCUGUAGCGCGCGCGGGCUGCAGACAUCAGUAUUCUUUCUGAAAGACAGUGAGUGGUUUAAGUGGAAGAGGGGAGGAUUGUUUAUGCGGGGAGGGAAGGAAGUUUCAUGCAGGAAAAAGCAAUGAAUGGACUAUAAUUAUCUCCAAGUGCUUUUUUUUUUUUGUUUCUUUCGGUCUCAGGGACGGUCGGGGUUGGAGAAGGGAUUCCGAGGGUUGUCUACAAACAUGGAGGAAUGGUUUUAAAGCGGUAUUUCGACCUCACGACGUAGACGUAACUGUAGCCGGCGUACUGAGCUGUCUGAAGUCCUUCAUCUAAAUCAAUAUAUAUGCGUUUGGGAGCGCUCGGAAACAUCUGCACUCUUCUCGGUGAAGGUUUAGGACUGGAGCAGUGAUGGAGGCCAUUGACCUGGAACAGCAGGAGCCGUUACCUGUGGAAAGAGAUGGCAGACAGGUCAGGAAUGCUGAAGACCAGCCUGAUGGAGGCAGGAAGCCGGGAUGCUGUGAGAAGUUCCAGGAGACGGUCUCCAGAUGGAUGCUCCCGGAAGACUCCCGCAGCAAGUAUCUUGAACGAGCCAACUGCUGCCCGCCCCCCAUCUUCAUCAUCCUCGUCAGUAUCGCAGAGUUGGCAGUGUUCAUCUACUACGCCGUGUGGAAGCCUCAGAAGCAGUGGGUGACGCUGGAUGACGCUAUCUGGAACAGCCCUCUCACAUACAAGCCAGAGGACAGAGAACAAGCGUGGCGCUUUAUCUCCUACAUGUUUGUCCACGCUGGUGUGGAGCACAUCGUGGGGAACCUGGUGAUGCAGCUGGUUUUGGGAAUCCCGCUGGAACUGGUGCACAAAGGCUUUGAAGUGGGGAUGGUUUACAUGGCAGGCGUCCUGGCAGGCUCUUUGUCCAGCUCCAUCUUUGAUCCUCUCAGCGCUCUGGUGGGAGCUUCUGGGGGAGUUUAUGCCCUGAUAGGAGGAUAUUUCAUGAACGCAGUUGUUAAUUUCCGAGAGAUGAUUCCUCUCCUCGGAGUUUUCCGAAUCCUCGCCAUCGUCAUAUUUGUUGGCACAGAUUUUGGAUUUGCCUUCUACAGAAGAUUUGUCCACGACGAGGCUGGUUUGAAGGUGUCCUUUGUGGCCCAUUUCGGAGGGAUUGUAGCUGGGAUGACCAUUGGCUACGUUUUCUUCAGUGACUACAACAAGAAGCUCCUCAAAGACCCUCGCUUCUGGAUUUGUAUAGUGGGAUACUUAGUGUUUUUACUCUUCGCCAUCCUCUUCAACAUCUUCCUGUCCCCAGCACCUGAAUAAUAGGACCAUGAAGCUCAGACCGUUUAGAAAGUAAACACUAAAAGCCUUAAAGUCACACUCAGGAAGAUGUGUUAGAGCAAAGUUGCUUAUCAGGGACUUUGUAAAUGUCAUGUAUAUGUUGUUGUUUUUUUUGUAGUUUUCUAUCAGAUUUACUUUUAAGAGCUGACUUUGUGAGUCCAAGUGGAAUAGUGCCUCCUGCUUUUAAUUUGUAGCAUUACAGAAACUGUAUUUUAUUUCUUAUAUGAUGUUGAUUUAAAUGUGCUUUUAUAGAAUGAAUAUUUUAAGUCAUGUACAGUGAAAAAGGUAUAUUUCUCUUGAAGCAUACGUGAUCUUUAUGUGCCUGAUGUAUUUGUUUGUCUUGAGCUUUUUCUACUUUCAAGUUUAUACAGAAAUACAUGAUCAGUGUUUGUAUUUCCUGUCAUUUUUCUGUAAAAGGAAGUAAUACCUAGACUCUUUGAAAAUGUGCAUGCUUCAAACACUCUGUUAAACAUUAUGAACUGUUGCGUAUCUAAGACAUGUGCCUUAAAUAUGGUAAUAAACCUCCUACAGUAAUGACCAAAUAUGACAUUACCAUAUUUGGCUGUUUGACAGUGCUUAUAAGAAGAAAGGGUUUACAGAGAAGUCCUUAAGAAAAAUGAAAUGCAAAUGUUUUACCACCAGGCCUUGGCUCAAAGCCAUGGCAUUGUUUCACUUCUUGUUGACAGGAAGCAGCCAAUUACUCGUUAAGUCGUAAAAGUUUAGCUCCUAAAAUAAAUAUCAAACAUCUGUUAACACAAUCUUCUGUAACUAGUUUUAAGUGUGGAUACUGUACAAAAUCUCCUUUUUUACCUGUUGAACAUCAAGUGGAAGUCAUAUCAUCUUGUCAGAAAAUAUACUUUUAUAUCAAAGACUGCCUGUAAAGUGUACCAAAGACCAAACACAAACAUACUCUACAUUUAAAUGUUUUCUCAAUAAAACUUCUUGUGUUUGAUUGAAAAGUUGUCAAAUUGAACCUACUUGAAACUUUUCUGAAGCAGAGAAAGAGUCUUGAUUUGUCCGAUGAAUAAACAUUUCACAGUAAA